GACUGGGUAUGCGCGUUUUCUUUUGAAGGAUAUGGUCACAACCCCGGUCUCAAAGUGGAGCCACGCACAUCUCGGAUCGGCGCGCUCCUCCAGGGGCUAGGAUGCGCGCCCGGAACGUCAAGGUUCUUGCCCGGGUUUGGGUCUGAACAGGAAUCCACUGCCCCGGGGCGCCGAGGCAGGAGGACCCAGUCGACCCGUACCAGGAUGCCGGUGAUGCGAGGUCUGCUGGCUCCGCAGAACACCUUCCUGGACACCAUCGCCACCCGCUUCGAUGGCACCCACAGUAACUUUGUCCUGGGUAAUGCCCAGGUGCAAUCCCUCUACCCUAUUGUCUACUGUUCUGAUGGCUUCUGUGAGCUGACCGGCUACGCCCGCGCCGAGCUGAUGCAGAAGAGCUGUGCAUGUCAUUUCCUGUACGGGCCGGAGACCAGCGACCAGCUGACGGCAAAGAUCCAGGGGGUGUUGGACGACAGGGGGGAGUUUAAGACCGAGCUGGUGUUCUACAAGAAAGGAGGUACCCAGUUCUGGUGUCUCCUGGACAUCGUGCCCAUUAAGAAUGAGAAGGGAGAGGUGGUGCUGUUUCUGGUGUCCCACAAGGACAUCACUGACAACAAGAAAGACCAGGACCCAGAGCAAGGCCCCGAGACUGAUGAGGAGACGGGUCUGGAGAUGCACAAGGUCACCCGUCCUCCAGGCUUCAACACCAACCGCAGACGCAGCCGGGCGGUGCUCUACCACCUGUCUGGACACCUGCAGAAACAGGACAAGAGCAAGAUUAAACUCAACAAUAACAUGUUUGGGGACAAUCCGCCCAUCCCAGAGUACAAGGUGGCAGCCAUUCAGAAAUCCCGAUUCAUCUUGCUCCACUACGGGACCUUCAAGGCUGGCUGGGAUUGGCUAAUCCUGUUGGCUACCUUCUAUGUCGCAGUCACAGUGCCCUAUAAUGUGUGUUUCACUGUGGUGGGGGGACGGGACGAAGGAAGCUCCGCCCCCCGCAGCCCCCCCAGUGUGAGUGACAUCCUGGUGGAGAUCCUGUUUAUGCUGGAUAUCGCGUUGAACUUCCGGACGACCUUUGUGAGCACAUCGGGCCAGGUGGUGUACGACGCUCGUUCCAUCAGUGUGCACUACGUCACCACCUGGCUGUUUGUUGACCUCAUCGCUGCAUUGCCCUUUGACCUGCUCUAUGCGUUUAACGUCAGUGUGUACUUUGGGGUCCACCUGCUGAAGACAGUGCGGUUGCUGCGCCUGCUGAGGCUGCUCCAGAAGCUGGAGCGCUACUCCCAGUACAGUGCCGUGGUCCUCACCCUGCUCAUGUCCAUGUUCGCCCUGCUGGCCCACUGGAUGGCCUGCGUCUGGUACUUCAUCGGACGCAGAGAGAUCGAAAACAGCCCCAACUCCUGGGACAUGGGUUGGCUACACGAAUUGGGAAAGCGUCUGGGCACCCCUUAUUUUGUAUCUCCCCUGGCCACUCUGGCUCCUGAUUUGCUGCACCCUGCAAUUGUUGACUCCCUGCAUGCCAACAGCAGCCAAUGGAAUGUGUCCGGGUCGGAGCUGGUGGGGCGAGACUCGUGGAACACCAGCCAAUGGAACGUCACGUGGAUGGGGGCUGGGGUGGGGGUCAGGGUGGGUCAGGGUGGAGGGAUGCUGGGUGGGGGGCCGUCAGUGAGGAGCUCCUAUGUGACGUCUCUGUACUUCGCUCUGAGCAGUCUGACCAGUGUGGGCUUCGGAAACGUCUCAGCCAACACAGACUCAGAGAAGAUCUUCUCCAUCUGCACCAUGCUCAUAGGAGCCCUGAUGCAUGCGGUGGUGUUUGGUAACGUGACCGCCAUCAUUCAGAGGAUGUACUCUCGGCGCUCCCUCUACCACACCCGUACCAAGGACCUGAAGGACUUUAUCCGGGUCCACCGCCUGCCCAAAGCCCUGGAGCAACGCAUGCUGGAGUGUUUCCAGACCACCUGGUCAGUCAACAACGGCAUCGACGUCAGUGAGUUGUUGAAGGACUUCCCAGAUGAGCUGAGGGCAGACAUCGCCAUGCACCUGAACAAGGAGCUGCUGCAGCUGUCUCUGUUUGAGUCGGCCAGUAGGGGGUGUCUGCGCUCCCUGUCCCUCAUCAUCAAGACGUCGUUCUGCGCCCCAGGGGAGUAUCUCAUCCGCCAGGGAGACGCCCUGCAGGCCAUCUACUUUGUCUGCUCUGGGUCCAUGGAGGUGCUGAAGGACAACACUGUGCUGGCUAUACUGGGUAAAGGGGACCUGAUCGGCAGUGACUCCCUGACCAAGAAGCAGGUGAUUAAGACGAAUGCCAACGUGAAGGCUCUGACCUACUGUGACCUGCAGUACAUCAGUCUGAAGGGACUGAGGGAGGUUCUCCGGCUCUACCCAGAGUACGCCCAGAAGUUCAUCUCUGAGAUACAACAUGAUCUGACCUAUAACCUCAGAGAGGGUCACAGAGCUGACGUGGACUGGGAGAGUAAUGGAAGUUUGGUGAAGAAGCUGUCUUCCAUUAAGGAAGAUGAGGAGGGUGAUGAAGAGCAGAGCUCUGUGUCGCGUGCCCCUCGUUCCCCUCGACGUCUGACCAGGGUUCUCAACUCGCCCCUGCGUUCGCCCCUGCUGCACCCUCGACCCUUCCGCCCCCCCUCAGAACACUCCCGCCCCCCCACUCUGCAGAUACCUGUGGUCAGCUUCAGCAGUGCGCCACUGGAGCUUAGUCCAAGGUUUGUGGAUGGUAUUGAGACAGAGAGCAGUGUGAACUCCUCCCAGAAGUUUGAGUUUAGCUCCAGGCUGGUACACAGUGGUCAACCAUCCCCAGGACUAGGGAUCCUGGAGCAGUCAGAUAUCAAGCAGAGUGUUUCUAAGCUGAGUGACGAGAUGAGCACCCUCUCCCAGCAAGUCUCUCAUCUCAGCCAGGAGCUAAAGGAAAUGACCCGCCUGCUCCGGCCCCUCCUUCUUGUGGCGCCUCAGCCAAUCCUAACAGCCAUAACGCCCAGCCUGACUCCACCCCCCAGCAGUGCCAACAAACCUUCCUCCAACACACCUCUGGUGGUCCCACCUCCAACCCUGCCCUGCUCCCCGUCGCCCCACCCCCAACGAACGCAGUCCUGCUCACUAUUGGACAUGGACAGUGCUGACACGGGGAACGUGGGCUUGCCAAGUUGCCUCCUCCCAACCCCCCCUCCACAGAGGCCUCCAGCCCAGACCCAGUUUCCAAUCUCCCCAGAGAGAAGUUCUAAGGACUUACCCCACUCCAACCCCCCUUCCCCUGGGACAGAAGACAUGAGGGGGUCACCCCACCUCUCCAACCACACCACCUCUAGCAACAGUUUCCUUCCCUCUGCCCAGGACAGAUGUACCCUAGCCUCUGGCACCAUGUCCCCCUCCCUCUCUUUCUCCUUGUCCCUCUCCUCCUCCCCCUCCUGCUCUCCCUGCCAGGGUCCUCAUCACUCACGAUCUGGUAGCCACAGCAGGGGCCUGCUCCCCCCGCCCCCCUCCCAGGACAACACGCCCCCGCCUUCCUCCCAUUGCUCCGCUCCUCCGUCACUCAGCUCCUCACCUGGAGACCAUAAGCUGAAGUUGGUCUUCCCCUCUUCCUACUCCACUCCCCUCAUCCCUCCCCUCCCCUCUCCUUACCCCUCGACCCUCUCCCUGGGCCCGUUCUCCCUGGACUCUCUGAGGGGGGAGACGCAGGGGGGCACCAGGCUGGAGGCAGGACACCUGGCGCUGGAGAUGCAGGAGAGGGGAGGAGAGAGGGGGGAGAGGCGCUCCCAGAUGAUGGAGCACAUCAGCUACAUGGACGAGGAAGGGCCAGCUCUGUGACAGAGAGGCAGAUGACAUGCAAGAAGAAACAGCAGAGACAGAAUGAAGAGAAGAGAGUACGUAGCCCGCUCGUCUAGAAUGCAACGUUGAACCUGUGAGACAGACAGGCAGACAGAGAUCAAAAUGACUAUAGGUGGAAACCAAUAGCAUCACUGAAAAAUACCCCACCAGGACAGUAGCAAGACACCAGUUCUAACAGUACUCUGAUCAGGCACUGUGGUCAACUUAAAGCAACACAUCCUCCUCAGUCUAUGGACUUCAUGAUGUCAUAAGUGAAAUGUGCAUCCCUACUCCUCUUCUGGCCAAAUGUUCCCAACCAACCACAGCUUCAUGACAUCACAUACAGUACAUAGGACUGGGAAUGUAAACUCUAGUUCAACCUCUGUUGUGUGGUUUCCAAAUUAUACUAACAUCUAUUGCUUGAAUAUCAACCACGGCUGACUUCAAAUGAGGAGUUCAUUUAACUUCAACUUAAUGUUUCUUCAGAGUUUCUCUGCUACUUGUUAUAUGGCAGUGAUUUGUUACAUACAUCUCCACAAAGAACACACACACUUGCACUGUGGUCUUACAUUAUGUGACAUCCUAUAAGUCUCAAUCCAGCCUACACACACAAUCAGUUCUCUCCCUCCAACAAGUGGCCAUAUUCAACACAAGACAAUCAGUGAACUUACAAAACACAUGGAACCAAUCAAAACAUGAAGACAACACCGCAGUAGGUCUGGAUGUAGAAGGGAGGGAGCCGGUGUGCCACAGAGGCCAGGUUUAGGUUUAAGAAGCCAUGCAUACGGGUGGAUGAGUGGAAUAUACAGUAGGUCUAUGAGUGACAACCAGACUGUACAGUGAAUGAGUUCCCACAUCAACUCCAGCUUUAGGCAUCCAGCCAUUCGUGCCUUCUCCUUGGAACACACACACUGCUAGUCGUAUACAUCAUAUCAUCCACACCUGGUGAUUCUGUUGUGAUUUACCGUUGACCAUUAAGCCAUUGACCAUUACGAACGCCUCACUUUUAUUUUGAAAGUCAUUUAUUUUAUGUAGAAUGUGUGUUAAAAUCUCCUGUUGGAUUCAAUGUUCUGGCCUUUUUUCGUCCAUCGCUAGUUCAACCAGAGACAUCUCAGCGUCAUAUCAAAGCCCACACGCACCAACACAAGCACACCAGUGGAGGCUGCUAAGGGGAGGAUGGCUCAUAAUGGCUGGAAUGGCAUAAAUGGAAUAAAACACCUUUUAUACCGUUCCAUUCCAUUCACUCCAUUCCAUCCAUUAAACUCCAUUCAGGCCAUUAUUAUGAGCCGUCCUCGCGUCAGCAGCCUCCACUGAAGCACGCACGGACACACACACACACACACACGGACACGGACACACACACACACACACGGACACACGCACGGACACACACACGGACACACACACACGCACGGACACACACGGACACACACGGACACGCACGGACACACACGGACACACACGCACGGACACGCACGGACACACACACACACACACACACGGACACGCAUGCAGGGACACACACACACACACACACGGACACGCACGGACACACACACACACGGACACACACACACACACACGCACACACACGGACACACACACACACACACGGACACACACACACACAGACACACACACACGGACACG